AUGGAGGGCUGGGACACCACAACGAAGUCGACUUUGACCCGAAUCCCCUUGCUGACGGUGAAAGCCGGCCCGCGCGACGGCGGCGCGUGGACCCAACGCCUGAAGGAGGAAUACAAGGCGCUGAUCGCCUACACCUCGAUGAACAAGGCCAACGACAACGACUGGUUCCGUAUAUCUGCCGCCAACCCGGAGGGGACGCGAUGGACCGGAAAAUGCUGGUACGUUCACAAUUUGCUCAAGUACGAGUUUGAUCUGCAGUUCGAUAUACCCGUUACAUAUCCUGCUACGGCCCCGGAGCUUGAGUUGCCGCAACUGGACGGGAAAACGCAGAAGAUGUAUAGAGGAGGGAAGAUAUGUUUGACGGUGCAUUUCAAGCCGCUCUGGGCUAAAAACUGCCCUAGAUUUGGCAUAGCACAUGCUCUCUGUUUGGGGCUGGCACCUUGGCUUGCAGCAGAAAUUCCUAUUUUGGUUGAUUCUGGCAUGAUUAAGCACAAAGAUGAUGCAGCAUCGUCCUCAGAAACCUCUUGA